AUGGAGAAUCUACAAUUAUCUGAUAAUACAAUGUUUCGAAGGGCAGCAACAGAAUCAUUGUCAGAUGUGAAAGAUUUCGAGACUAGGAGAGCGGUAAGUGGAUGUUUACCAAUCUUGUCAACAAAUCAAGAUGUGCGCAGGAUGGUAUUGGAAAGACCAAGAGAUUUACUAAUUUUAAAAAAUUUGUUGGAUGAGCAAUCUUUUGAAUUGCAACAUCGAAGUGUCGAGUGUUUGAAAAAUAUAGCAUCCACAAAUAAAUAA